UAAAUCAACCCACUAAAUUUGCAUGCCUUAAAGUUUCUGUGUCCUAGAUUUAAACAUAGCAUUGAGCAGCAGGUAGGCGUGUGCUCUCAGCAGAGCAGUGAUAAGCAGACAAGGGGUUUUUUUCCACUUCAUUUUAAAGAUGCCAAGAGCAAGCAGCAGAGCAAAGCCACUUAUGAAGCAUAAAAACUUAUUUUAAAGACUGCAAAUAUGGGAAUAAUUUCCUAUGGAUGGAGUACAGCCUGGAUAGUACAUUUGCUAACACUCAGAACUUGUGAAGGUUUCAUUAGCUGCUCUGGACAGGUCAUCAUUAAACCCUCUGUGGUUGUCCCAGUACAAACAAACGUAUCUAUAACGUGUGUAUCUGAAAUGAAAGACUGUCUGAAACCAGGACCAAUAUCAGUUUUACUAAAUAACAAAUCAAUAAAAACAGACUGGAUGAAUCAGACAUCUGCUGGAGUCUACCUCUUUAAUGUCAGCCAAUCUUACUCUAUCUACUGCUCUAUCAGCUGUAGUGGGAAAAAUCAUGCAAUAUGCUGGAAAGAUUUAAAAGUUGGAUAUCCCCCAGAUCCUGCCAUUAAUUUAACUUGUUUAUAUGAUGAAAAUUCUGGCAUAAUGACCUGUAGUUUGAAAAAAGGAUGGGAGACACAUAUAAGCACUAAAUAUACAGUACACAUUAAAAAUCUUCAGACAGAUGAAUAUCGCCAAAUACAAUUAAAUCGCGGACUAUACAAUGUGACAAUUCAAGUGAAUAAAUCAUGUGACAAAUCAUUUGAAGUUUACGUUGAAGCCAGAAAUAACUUGGGGCAGUCCAAAUCAGAUACUCAGCAUAUUCAACUGAGCAAUAUAGUGGUUCCUGUCAGACCUGCCAUCAAGAUUCAAGUCCUUAACACACAUUUUGAAGUCACUGUCUACUGGAAAAAGCAAACAUUAUCACAUUUACACUACUGUGAAUUGGCAUACAGAGCUAAGAAACAGCCAAUGUGGACUUUGGUGAAUGAACAAACACUCAACAACUCAAAUAUCCUUAUAAUGAAGAAUAAUUCAGAAGCGAAAGAUCUGAGAGUCCGAUGCAGAGAAGAGAGAGGACAAAGUUACUGGAGUAGCUGGAGUGAUGCCACAGAAAUUCCACAGAUAGCGCCCAUGGAAAUGUUUGAUGUUUGGAGAUCGCUUGGUCCAGUGCACUCCAAUGGAACUCAGGAAGUUACAGUAUUUAUAAAGUCAAUGGCCCCUGAUGUUCCAUGGAGAAAAGCCCUAGGGUAUAAACUGUUCUUCAAAAAUGGAAGCAAAGAGACUGUUAUUGGGAUCUGUAAAACGUCCCAGAGCCAAUGCAAAACUAUUGUACCAAAGGGAAUAAAGGCCAUCCUUGUUUCAGCCUACAAUUCAUAUGGAGACUCUUGUCCAAGCUUGGUUAAUGUUUUGCAAGAUUCACAAGAAAGAGGUGUUUUCCCAGCACCACAAAAUCUAUCAGUCAGAUCAGGAAUUGGAAUCCGAGUCCUAUGGAAUUUUCCAAAGGAGUCUGAAGCAUCAGUUCUUUGGUUCAUCCUGCAAUGGGUCCUGCCCUGUAAUGGAAAACAAGAUAUUUUAUGGAAUAAAAUUCCAAGGGACCAAAGACAUUUUGUCAUUAAAGAUAUUAUAGAUGCAGGAAGUGUAGUCAAAAUUUCCCUAUAUGCAAUCUAUAGCAGCGGUUUCAGCAGACCUUGUGUUGGCUAUGGGUUUUCAAAAGAAUUAGAACCUAAAGCCGGUCCAGAUAAAAUUAUUAAAAAAUCCACCGGAGACCAGACACUGAUUCAGUGGGAAGAGAUUCCUUUGUGUGAUAGAAAAGGCUUCAUUUCUGGCUACACACUGCAUCUGACUGAAGAUUCAAAUGGAGAAACUACCAAAUAUGAAUCAACAACAAAGGAAUAUACAUUUGACCAGUUACAUUCGGGAGCACUUUAUACAGUUUGUCUAACUGCUUCAACAAAAGCUGGAGAAGGUCCUUGUGGAAAACAUAUAUUACUUAAAAAGGAUAAAAGUCUGUAUGAUUAUACAAAGCUCUUAGUGGGAAUAAGUUUUGGUGUUAUGAUCUUGUCAGCUUUUACUUUGACUUUACUGUGCAAAAAGUCAAUACAAGCUAGACUAAAAAGAGUUUUAGUACCCUUAACCCCGAAUUUUCUUCAUGAAAAAUGUCCUCAUAUUGAAAAGAGCACAGCGUUACAGUCUUUACAGGGAACUAUGGAUGUCUCCAAGCCAUGCUUUAUCAAUUCUUACUAUGACCCUGAUAUUACUGAAGUGGAAGAGAGUGAAGAAGAAUCCUUUAUUAACCCCGACACAUCUACAGAAUAUAGCAGUGUGGUAAAGAAUAAUGAGGUUAUCACCCUGGACAAACCAUUUUUAGAGACUAUUGGUACUAAUAGUCAUGUUGCAGAGCGAAUGUUGGGCUACAUGCCACAAACUGCACAAAGAAAUGUUUCCAGGAGAGAUUCCUACUGUAGCCCUGCACAAAUGCUAAAUAUUCAGUUAGCUGCUUUGGAUGCAGUGACUGCAAGGAAUAACACUUCUACAUUUAGUAAUUUAUUUGCUGAGAAAUGUGGCACAGAGAGGGUGCCAACUGUUUCCCCAGAUUCACACUCUCUUAAAAAUAGCAAUAUUGUGGAUAUACAGUUCUUGAAAGCCCUUCCUAAUGCUUCUUUGGAAAACAGCAUAGAAAGACAAUCAUCUGGGAAUAUAAUGGAAGGUAAUACCUUUCCUGGGAAUGAAACAACAUGCUGCUUAACUACUACAGAUGCUGAUUAUUCAGUCACAAAGACUUAUUUUCCACAGGUGUUUGCAAGAGAAACAUGACAGUGUGUGUUCUGUGACUGUCUGCUUUAUAUGCCGUGUAAAGUUCACUUAAUGAAUUCACACUUAGCUGGGAAGGAGAUUAGAAUAGAGUUAAAGGGAUAUUGUUAUCACAUCAUAUCCCUAUAUCUUCAUAAUACCAGUCAGUUGUACUUUGCACACAAUAUAAAAACUUUAUAUAUUUUGAGAGGGAAUGAAUGGGGUGUGGAGAAUACAAUUCAUCCCAAUGUAAGUAGCAGCCAAAAUGGCACCUUCCUAAGAAAAGAGAAGCAUUACCAGUUCACAUUAACUCUAAGAUAUUAAACAAGUUGACUUUGUGUAUGUUUGAAGCAAACUCCUGGCGAGAUGGCAGGUUCUCUUAAGCACUAAAGUAACUUGGAUUUCUACAUGUAAAUAGUAUGCACAUAUGUUUUGUGGCUAUCAUAUCAUGAUAUGGUCGCAUAGGAUUAAAUAAAAUACUUUAGUGU